AUGGAUGCCGCGGCCGGUGUCACCGUCGCACGCGGUGUUUCUAUGCCGAUGUCAACGUCAUCUCAGCCUUCUCGUAAGGAGUGGCGGGUUGUUUCCGAGCAAUCGGCUCGAAACCCCACUAGUGAGACUGUAUCAGAUGGUCAACAGAUGCCUAUCCACAACCAGUUUCCUCUGCAAGCUGAACAGAUCUCAUCUGUAGCUGUUUCUAGUUAUGACUAUGAAGCAUCUGUAAAUGGGAAAGCUCUUUCUUCAAAUUAUUUUGAUGCCAAUAUCAGUCGAGGGAUAGAGCCUAACUCCAUGGUUCCGCCACCAAAUAAAGAGGGGCAGAAUUUCAUAGCAUCGUUUCUUUGUGAUGUGAGACUGGUUCUAUCAAACUUUCAGCAUCUGUUUUCUGCGCCGGAAUAUGUUAUUAAGCUUAAGCAUGUUUUGCUUUGCCCAAAAUUGGCUAAAACUCUCCUCUCGGCAGCAAGGAAGGCCUUGCUGCUGAAAGAAGCCAUAUUCAUUGAAGCUUAA